AUGGGUGUUACGUUAUGGCGACACCUCUCGAAGCUCAUUGCCAACCAGCCUCGAGCUGCUCUCGUGAAGGGAAGCGCCCUGAUCUUACUUUUCUUGACCAUUGUUUCCACAGUGACAGUGGUCAAGUAUUCGGCUUCAAACGUUCAUACAGCAACAACAACAACAACACCAACGGCCGAAUAUGCUGUUAUCAAGUCUAAUUUCGCCGAUCCAUGCCUGCUGAGUGUGGAUGGCAUGUUCUACGCGUUCGCCACGCGACCGGAUCCAUCAUUACAUGUCCAGGUGGCAAGUGCGAAGGAUAUAUCAGAUUGGACAUUGCAUGAAGGAUAUGAUGCCCUGCCGAUCCUACCCAGAUGGGCGCUACAAGAAGGUGAUGCUGCCGUGUGGGCGCCACAGGUUGUGCAACGGCCCGAUGGCAGCUUUGUUCUCUACUUUUCGGCAUCGUGGAACGCCGACAGUCGCUUCCAUUGCGUCGGCGCGGCGACUUCUCCCAACGUGACAGGCCCGUACACACCGGCGGAAGAGCCACUUACCUGUCCUUUCAGUCAAGGCGGCGCGAUCGACCCGACUUUCAUCUACGACCCGCGAAAGAACAUGUCGUUUGUGGUCUACAAGAACGAUGGCAACGCAAUAGGCGCUGGGGGAGCUUGCGGGAACGGCAACUGGCCCAACACACCCACUUCCUUUCAAUUCAACAUCGUCGACAACGAGGACUAUACCACACGCAUCGGAAAUGAUACGUGGACCCCCGUGGGGAAUGCCAGUUGGGUUUUGUUCAGCGAUCGCAGCGACGGACCCAACAUAGAAAGUCCUCAGAUAUUCUACAGGGGGCACGCAACGGGCAGAUUCGCCGCCGCCGGCGACGACUCGGCAUACCAUCUCAUCUACAACGCCGGCUGCUACGCGGAUGAGUCGUAUCGCAUCGAGCAUAUCGUCUGCCGCGCCACUCAACUGAACGCGGUCUCCACGCACUGGACCACCCAUGAUCCCACAUACGUCCCUUUUUUCCGGGAUUGCAACUUCGGCGCCAUGAAACCCGAAACUUACACAUCCUGGGGCCAAUCGUUCCUGGGACUAAAGGACAGUAUCGACAACCACUACGAUCUGCUGUUGAAGUCGGGAACAUUCAGGCAGCCGGAUGGAAGUGCCGUCGAGCUUUACGCACCUGGUGGGCCUGCGGUCAGUCAAGACGGAGCAUAUAUGGCUUUCCACGCCGAUAUCAACCGGGACUGGUAUGAAGGUAAAGUAUGCUCGGGCUGUAGGAUUCGGGCUUUGUUCAUCGCCGAAUUGGAAUAUGGCAAUAAAGGCACAGGACUGAAAGUCAAAAGACUGAUAAAAGCAAUCUGA